AUGGAAGAUUUCUCGAAGACAAGUUUUAUAAAUAUACCGAUUAAAGAUAACAGAAAUUUGUUUGAAUUGAUCAAUAACAAGUUAAAUAAUAAAAUUAAAGUCAUACAUUUUGACGAGUUAAUUGAUUUAAAACCACUUGAUGAAGGCG